UUGCGACUUGGUCCGAAAAGGAAAGAAUUUCACACAUUUGUUGUUUUCUUUUUAAAGACAAUCUCUCUUUAUUUUGAAAUUUUCCUAUCAAAACAAUCCGGAACAUCCAGAGCCCCGGCAAUAUUAUACUGCAGGGUCUAUAAAAGCUGUUUGUGAUCAGGGUAACUAGGUUCACGUGCUAGUAGUAGGGCCCCUUCAGGCAUCGGAUGAUUUCUGAUAUAACCAGCCAGCUUAUUGCUAGAGGUUAAGAGAGUAUUGUAAGGGAGAGUCUGUUCAAUAUUCUAAACAGAACUCUUGUUUUCAAUUUGCUCAGCUGAUAGAUAGCCUUGAACGACAUGACUUUUUUCAUAAGUAAGACGUUUGGUAUGCAGUUGAAUCCUCGAUAUAUUUUCAAGCAAGAUGAAAUAAGAGAACUGCAAGUGAGAGAAGAGCCAAAAAGAUCUCUUAUUAUAGACGAGAGCUCUUAUUUUAUCUUGAUUCAAGGGAUGUAAGGAAAUGGCGUGACUAAAAGAAUGUCCGACUUAUUCGGGGUCCUUUGACUCGAAUAAGAAAGAAAAUCUAUUAGAUAUUAGAAAUCAGUCUCAGGGCAAGUUCAUUUUAUCUGGAGUACGACUUUACGUUGUUCAGCAGUAUAGAAAACUUUUAUGUAAAUACAUCAGACGUAUCAAGUGACACGCAUUUUUCGUAUUCCCUCAUGCCAAACAGGAAACUUUGUCCUUGAAACCUUCCUUUGAAACUUAACAAGGUGGUGACGUUUUCUCUUAUUCUUCAGCCCAGUCUCAAUUCCACAAUAAACAAAAAAGAACAAGUGCCAUUGACACCUUUCCUAGUUAUUUUCGCCUCAAAUGUAAAAGAAAAGACAUGCUUUUCAAAACAGCUCACAAUUUCACUCCUCAAGUGAACCAAAAACAAUUUAGCUGACGGAGUUUUUUAUACUUUGAACAACUACAUUGGCAACUUGUUUAACACCUCUGUGGAAAUUUGGCAAAUAUUUUUGACGGCAUACGUAAAAUUAACAUGCGUUUGAAUUUCAGGAGAUUUGGCAUUUCAACAUCUGGUUUUGAAUUUAGUAACAUUGGCUUAACUAUUCUAUAUUUAGUAAAACUUUCAAUAUAAGUUUUGGUUUUUGCCGAGGUUUCUUUAAAACAAGAUGCCGCAUAACUUGCUGGGACGAAAGAAAUUCAGAUCGUUUGUCGAUGUACGUGAUGCUCAGGAUUUGUCUGACUGUUCUGGAUCCGAGGAGAGUCUUGCAUGCAGCUCUCUCGGAGCAUCCGAAUAUGAUUUUGCGCAAGAUAUAAAGAGUUCAUCUGGGGGCACAGUGGUUUUAAAAAGGGCAUUUUCUCGUACCUUCUCAUGGAAGAAGAAGAAGGUCCCCUGCAAACCCGAGGGUGAUGCAGGGUCUCAAACUGAGAAGCUGAAGCCCAAAGAUCCCUGUAAAAUCUUUGUUAUUGGUAAUUCAGGCAUUGGCAAGACAGCUGCAGUUGUUCGAUUUUUAACAGGACGAUACAUACAUGAAUACCAGUCCAGUGAAGAAGAAUGUUAUCGAAGAAAAGUCAAUUUAGACGGAGGUAUUGUUGAUCUUCAAAUUACAAGUAUGACCUCUUGGGGGAAAAAGUUUGACAGAAUAUUAAGAGAAGCUGGGAGCUGCAUAAUAUUGGCAUAUUCGAUCAUCGACUUUUUGUCGUAUUGUUAUGUCCAAAAAGUACUCGAAGAGAUAAACAAUUUAACUGAUGUGCCUGUGAUUAUUGUUGGCACUAAAGGUGAUAUGGACGAGCGAAGGUGCAUUCUCAAAUCCGCUGCAGAAAAGCUUGCAGGGGAUUAUGGUUGUGUCUAUUUUGAAGUUUCUGCUGCGGCGAAUGUUGCUGUGCAGACGAGCUUUGAACACGCAAUGAGGGAAACGCUGCUUGACAGAAAGAAGAGAGCUUUCUCUACUCGAAGCAGGUCAGGCAGCCAAAUGUCAGUUCGACGAAGAUCUUCGGUUUCAUAAAGAAUUACAAUUAUAUUCAAACAAAUGUACUAUUCAAUUCUCCAGAUUUGACUGACAAUUAUUGCUUCAAUUUCGUUAGUAAGACAUGAGAGGGGAUUGUACGGUGGAAAUUUUAAAUUUAAUGACUACAAAUUGUUCAUCUUUGACGAACUUGAAUUAAAGGACGCCUGUGCCAUGGGACAGCGGGGGCAGUGGCACCCUUGCCCGCGCGAAACUGAGCAUUUUUCUUCGUUUUACUAGUGUGAUGCCUUUUUCUCGGCGCACUGUCCCUGUUCCCCUCUCUGAGUGCAGUCUACCCUGCUUGAAUUUCAAGUAUUUCUACAUAAAUAUUUCAUUAAUCAACUUUUGUACAAAAUGUCAAUAAAUGUAGCACUUGAAGUGAAUUAAAUAUGUAAUAAGAACUUUAACACAUGUUAGAAGCAAUAAUUAAGUGAGGGAUUUUUUUGGUGCUUUCGUGAAAUAGUUGCCACAAGCCUGAGUGGUUUGAUCGCUGCAAAUUUCCAAAAAGUGUCCUGAAGUCUUUGGUUUAAUUAUAGGCAUCCUCGUUACCAACUGCUCCUUUCAGGUUAACUAUUUAAUUCCACUUUGUUCUGACAAUUUAGCUAAAGAAGGAUUUAAUCAAUCUUUUGGUUCUUCUGACAAAAUACACAGCCACCAAGACUGUCGAAAAUUUAACAAGGUACUUGUGGAAUGCCGUAGAAAGGAUAGAAUUAUUGAGUUGGCACCAUUAUUUUAGAACAAUAGGAAUAGAAGGUGCUGUUCAUUGGAACAAAGAAUUUUUUUAAUCUGUGCGACACUAGCCCCCCCUACCCCUAAGAACAGUCAUGGCUAUAACCCUAUAAGAGUACAUCCCGGGAGGGGGGGAUACUCCCAUUAAGGCCUGACAGAUCUUGGCUCUUAUGCUACCAUUUGAGGGUUAAUGUAAAAGACCACCAUUUGAGGGUAAUCUUUUAAUACUUAAGAUUCUCUUUGACCCUGAAAAGACUCUCUUGUUAGGCUAUAAUGGGAGUACCCAAGGGCUGUUUAUUGUGAGUAUUUUUAGUGAUACAGUUUGCAUGACAAUUUAAUUUAAGUUGUAAUGUAAUUCAAGAAUUAAGAGUUGUUGAUGAAAGUUUACAGGGUUCGUGAAAAUACUGAAGAUUUGACGAAAUGCGAAAAACAAUAAACUUAUAGAUUUUCAAAGUCUGAUGGUAUUGUUUAUGGCUUAUUGUAAUUUGCGAAAUUUCGCCGAAAUUUCGUACGAAAUUUCGUUACAUGAAAUCCACCUUUUAUACCUGAAAUCGAAGCACAAACCAAUUGAAAGCGAUAUAUAAACCUUACAUUCCUUGUCUACCAUCAUAAGAACGCAUAUUUAUUGCAUUAAAGCGACAUGUUUCUUCUCAGUCUCCAGCGGUAGAAGCCAUGCUUUCCGAGCCCGUCCCAAAGAAGACGGGGGUUUAGUACAUAGUAUCUGGUUAGCGAGACACAACGUCAAUGCCGCUGUGACUGCAACAGAGGAGACAAAGUGUAAUGAACAAUUAGGCUGUCAUUUGCGAAUGCAACCUUUCAAUCGUUCCAAAAUUAUCAACAAAGUAUUUACGAGAGGUCUGUCCAAAAUAAAUUUUUGCAGUG